AUGAUUCAACAGCCUGAAUUCGGUAACCCCGCCUUGCAAAUUCAGCCAGUUUUUCCAGGUCAGCUGACCCAACAAUUAUCUAUACCGCCAUGGGCGAACCAAGUGUUCCAAAAAUUGACUGAAAUUUCCAACACGCUCAUUGUAAUUUCGCAAAAGACUGAUAAGAUUGAAGGAAUCGAAAAGCGAUUACAGACUAUUGAACUUAAUGUUAAUGCAUUUAAAACACAGUUAUCUGAAAGCAAUGAGAAAAUUAUUGAAAUGGAAAAGUCUAUAAACUUUGUAAACGAAAGCUUCGAAGAAGCCCGUUCAGAUAGAAAGAAAAUGGCGGAUGUUGUCGACAAAAUAAAAACUGAGGUGAGAGAAGUGCGUAAUGGUUUUGAUGAAGUCAACAGCUUACGCGGUGAUUAUAACGAGUUGCAUGACUGUGUGUUAGACCUUCAAACCAGAUCAAUGAGAGACAAUCUUAUUUUUAACGGUAUUGAGGAAAAAGACGAUGAAGAAACAGAAGCGAUUUUACAAACAUUUUUGAAAGAUAAAAUGAAAAUAGAAAGCUCUAUUAACUUUGACCGUGUACACAGACUUGGUAGAAAGAGUACUAAUCCAACAAGACCGCGGCCAAUCGUAGCAAAAUUCGAACGAUAUAAAGAUCGUGAAAACAUCAGAAGAAGCUCAAAAGUGCUCAAGGGAACAAACUUUGGUGUAAGCGAACAAUUCCCUUACGAGAUCGUUCAACGCAGAAAGGAGUUAUGGCCGAAGUACAAAGAAGCGCAGCGUCGUGGACUCCGUGCCUCACUUGUCGUUGAUAAACUUUUUAUUGACGGUAAACGCUGGUUUCCCGAUAGUGCACCCCACGAUAGGCCCAACGAUGCGCAUCCGUACAGUCCUCCGAAUGAAAACCCAAACAAACGUGCACGUAAUUUCUCACCAAGGGAAUAUCGACCAUAG